AUGAGCAUAACAGAUCUCACACGGGGGAGAAGCCGUAUUCCUGUCCUGAGUGCGGGAAAUGUUUUUCACAAAAGUCUAAUCUUAAAACACAUCAAAGGCUUCACACAGCUGAGAAGCGAUAUUCCUGUACUGAGUGCGGGAAAUGUUUCCAUUAUAAAUCCAAACUUAAUGAGCAUGAAAGAUCUCACAGAGGUGAGAAGCCGCAUUCUUGCCCUGAAGAAGGAUGUGUUUUCCAUGCUAAAUACCAUCUUAACGUGCAUAAAAGAUCUCACACAGGUGAGAAGCCGUAUUCCUGUCCUGGGUGCGGGAAAUGUUUUUCACAGAAAUCCAAUCUUGUCAGACAUCAGAGAUCUCAAAUGGGAGAUAAGCCGUUCUCCUGUCCUGAGUGUGGGAAAUGUUUCCGUUUUAGAUGCCAUCAGAUCUCACACAGAAAAAAGCCGUAUUCCUGUACUGAGUGCGGGAAAUGUUUCCGUUUUAAUUGCUAUUUUAAUGAACAUAAAAGAAUUCACACAGGAGAAAAGCCGUAUUCCUGCCUUGAGUGCGGGAAAUGUUUUCCACAGAAAUCCCAGCUUACCGUACAUCAGAGAUCUCACACGGGGGAAAAAGCCAUAUUCCUGUCCUGAGUGCGGGAAAAGAACUCACACAGGAGAGAAGCCGUAUUCCUGUCCUGAGUGUGGGAAAUGUUUUUCACGGAAAUCCAUUCUUUACAAACAUCAGCGAUCUCACACGGGGGAGAAGCCAUUUUCCUGUCUCGAGUGCGGGAAAUGUUUUUCAAAUAAGUCAAAUCUUUUCCCACAUCAGAGAUCUCACAUGGGGGAGAAACCGUAUUCCUGUCCUGAGUGCGGUAAAUUUUUUUCAGUGAAGGCCAGUCUUUACAAACAUCAGAGAUUGCACAGGGGGGAGAAGCUGCUUUCUACUCUAGAGUGA